AUGUCUUCGCCACUAAGCCACGCUUCACUGGGUGUGGCACUGCUGGAGGGCAAGCUACACAAACACUCACCCAAGAAAGCGCGAGUGAAGCGCUGGCAGAGGCGACACUUCGUCCUCACCCCCUCCGCGCUCACCUACUACAAGAAAAAAGGAGAUGCAACGCCGUUGGGCGUGGUCGACGUGGCACAUAUCAUACGGGUCGAUGUGCAGGGCGGUAGCCGAGCCACCACCAGCGCGGCCGACAGUCCCAGCUCCUCCAGUAAAUCGGACGCGGGCAAGCGCAAGGUGUUCGAUGUGGAGACCUCGUCGGGCCGCGUCUACGUGCUCGCCGCCGACACCGACGACAACGCCAGGCGCUGGGUGGAGACCCUGCAUCUCGUCCUCCAGGCGCCCAAGAUCUCGACGCCCUCCGCGCCCCUCUCUUGGACACAGAAUGAGGCCCCUGACCUGCCUGUCGAGGAGGCGCGAGCGGUGCCGAUCGUCGCGUUUCGAGGGCUGGAGCACGGGCUCUCGGGUCUCAAGAAGUCGCCCACAGCCGCCGGUAGCAGCACCGCCACAAAGAGGGAGGAGGAGGAAGGGGUGAGCCUGCUCCCGGGCGAGCGGGUGCUAACCAAGCAGGACAGCGUCUUCAUCUCCCAGCACCACCGCAGUGAUGGGCGCUGGGGCCACUUCUGGAUGACCACCUACCGCUUCAUCUUCUUCUCCAAGGUGAUCCUGAUCCCCCCAGAUGAGUCGGUUCCGCUUUCGCUUUUGACAAAGGUGGAAAGUGCGAAGCACGAGGAAAGAGAUCUUUCCGGGUUCCUCCUUUCGUGCAAGGACUUCCGCGUCAUCUCCCUCUUCUUCCUCCACCCCGAAUCCCUCGGCACCAUCAACUCCCUCUUCAAGCACCUCCUCUUCCCGCCCAAGAUCGGUGACCUCUAUGCGUUCCAGAGCGAGGAGAAGUUCCCGCUUCGCUCCGAGCUCCAGGGGUGGCCGCUCUACCGCAUCGACAAGGAAUUCGCACGGCAGCAACUCAGCGGCGAUCACUGGCGAGUGACCACCUACAACAAGUCCUACAGCUUGCCCCACUUCCCCAACAGCUUCAUCGUCCCCGCUUCCCUCUCGGACGAUAUGAUUGGAAAAUUGGGCGAAGGAGUGAACAAGUGGCAGCGGUGGGUGCUGGCCCUCUGCUGGCAGAACAGCAAAUCCGUGGCCAGGGGCUGUCUGCUUCGCACGUCGGAGUUCACGCUCACCAGCGACCCGUCGGUAUCGCUAGCGUCGAGCCCGUUCGACGGCAAGCGCACCGAGUCGAAGCGUCUGGAAUCCAAGCGCGGCAACCACCAGCCCAUCGCCGAACAGCGCAGCAUGCUGGGCGAGGUGUUGCUUCUCCAUCCGCGGGCCGAGGCACUGCAUGUCUUCAACACCUCGCUCGUGCGGAAGAAAUUCACCUACCUCGCUCCGACCGAAGCAGCGCCCGGCGCUGUGGAGACCAUCAAAGUCGAGACUGGGCUGAUCGUGACCCACAACACGGGCCUGUUGGCGCCCGCGCUGGUGAGCCGAAGCCUGCUGAAGCUCUCGUCGCUCAUUCAGAGCUUCGACCCGAACAGCUUCACGCGCGGCCAACAGAAGAAGCCGGGCGCGGGCGACAAAAAGCGAGAGGACGAGGUGCCGCUGCACAGGCUGAAGGAGUCCUGGGAGGAGGCGCUCGAUUCCACGCACUGGCUCGAGAGCAUCCGACAGCUGCUCAACACCACCUCGGAGGUGGUCAACCUCAUGCAACGCGGCGAACCCGUGGUCAUCCAAAGCUCCGAUGGCGACGGCGCGGUGCCGCAGGUGACAAGCCUUGUCCAGGUGUGCUUGGACCCGUACUUCCGCACCGUCGUUGGUUUCUGCUUCCUGAUCGAGAAGGAGUGGAUGGCCUAUGUGCACAAGUGGGGCCAGCAGCACAAGAACAAGUAUCAGCCCAAGCAACACUCGCACAUGUUCACACAGUUCAUCGACGCGGUGUGGCAACUGUGGAGCCAAACGCCACAGGCGUUCGAGUUCGACAACGUGCUCCUGCUGUUCCUCCUCGAGUCCGUGUACAGCGCACGCUUCGGCUCUUUCCUCGCUGAUUGCCAGAAGGACAGAAUCAAAGGCAAGCUGCUGCUUUCCUCGAGCACGGUUUCGGUGUGGAGCUACAUCCACGAGAACGAGGAGCUCUUCCGGAGCGACCUCUACCAGCCCAAUCUGUCGAUUCCUCUCCAGCCGCAGCCCAACGACGUCAAACUGUGGACUGAGUACUAUAUGCGCUGGGCCUGUUACUCUUCAACGGAGCAGGCCGUGAAAGCCAUACGCCUCGAGACCUCUAAAGCCGACCACGACGACGUAAGCGAUGUCGAGCUCAAUCUGAGCAAUCACCUCCUCUACACGGUGCCUCCAUCUAUUCUCCCCGUACCGAGGCUCACCGCCCUCGACCUCUCGCAGAACUUCAUCAGCACCCUGGCCUUCAGCAUCUCGCCUCUAUCGUCGCUGCGGUCGCUCGACCUGUCCCACAACCUGCUGACCUGCCUGCCCACCCACCUGGUGGCCUCGCUGCCGCAGCUCGUCCACCUCGCCAGCCUCAGCCUCGCGCACAAUCGGCUGUGGGACCUCUCGGCGCUCCCCUCCCACCAGCUCCGCGCCCUCACCCACCUCGACCUCUCCCACAAUCGCCUCUCCGCCAUGCCCGCGCACCUGUCGUGCUUGACCCGCCUCCAGGUGCUGAGCCUCGCCGGCAACGCCUUCACCGGCGGCAAUGGAAAGGAAGGCGUGCCAGAGGUGCUUCAUUUGGUGCCGUCGCUGGUGUCGCUCGAUCUGGCCCACAACGCGAUCAGCUCGCUCUCGGCGCGGUUCUUUGCCAGCCUCACGGGGCUCGAGUCGCUGAACCUCUCCAGCUGCUCGCUCGUCAAGAUCGAGCCGGGCCUCUCGCACCUGGCCAAGCUGCGCGUGCUGCACCUCUCGAACAACCCCCAGCUAUGCGAACUGCCCGGCGAUUUGUGGCAGCUGUCCUCCCUCGAGGAGUUCCACGCCCGCAACUGCCUGGGCUUCGCCCGACCGACCAAAUCGGCCGACGCGCCCACGUCACCGCCGACCGGGCUGCACGGAUCGGUGCUUCUCAGGAAGAAGCGCCUCGGCACUGUUCGCAUCGGCAUCCCUGCAGCGGAGACGCCGGACACCGCCAACACCGCGGCGGCACUGCCGGUCGAGUUCGGGUUCCUGGGGCAGCUGCGCACGCUGGACAUCGCCAACAACGCCAUCGCGUCGAUCCCGGCCGGGUGCUUUGUCAAGUGGAGUCGCCUGGAGCGGCUCCUGGUCAACGACAACCGGCUCACGGCGCUGAGCGCGGAUGUCGGCUCGCUGAGCGCGCUCAAGGAGCUGGACCUGCGCAACAACCGGCUGCGCGCGCUCACCGCCGAGAUCGCCAACCUCAAGCAGCUGACCAAGCUGAACCUCGAGGGCAACUGGAUCGCCGAGUUGCCGGCCCAGCUGAGUACCAUGCAGCUCCACUCGCUCGAGGUGGGGCCACAACACGGGUGCAUUCGUUCGCCUCCGCCGGAGAUCGUGUCGAUGGGGUCGUCGAGCGUCAUCUCGUACUUGAGCCAGCUUCUGCGGGGCCAGCAGCUCUGCUUCCGCAUGAAACUCAUGUUCGUGGGCCAGGAAAACGUCGGGAAAACGUCACUGCUUCGCGCCCUGCAGCGGAGGGAGAAGAAGAUCAGGUCCUUAGUCCGGUCGCCCAGCGCGAAGCUGGUCCGCCAGAUCGCCGUGCUUGACGACGACAAUACCAACGCCGUCCCCCUGUCCACCGACGGUAUUGAGAUCAACCCGUGGAACCUUGCCAUGCCCUGGGGCAACGACGCGCCGAUGAUGGAGCUCUCCGCCUGGGACUUUGCUGGCCAAGAAAUCUACUACUCCACGCACCAGUUCUUCCUCUCGGAACGUUCGCUGUACGUGGUGGUGUUCAACCUGCUCGCUCCCGAGCAGUCCCACGUCGAAUACUGGCUGCGCUCCGUCCGCACUGCGGGAGGAAACUCGCCGAUCCUCCUGAUCGGCACCCAUGCCGAGGACGAACGAUGUACCGAUGACUAUCUCAACAUCAUGCAGCAGAGGUUGACGAAGAAGUACUGCGCCCGGUUUCCCAACAUUUUGGGCAUCCACUUCGAACAUAUGGGCCAGCCGGUUCCUUCCAACUACCUGGAGCUGGAAAAGCUGCUGGUGGCGCAGGGCAAGGAACGCAUGCCGCCCAUCAUGUCCUGGGACGAAUUCCGGUCGUUGGCCCGGCUGUGCCUCAUCGAACGCGAGCACGACCUGCUGGCCGCCACCUCGCUGCUGCACAACUUUGGCUCGCUGGUCCACUUCCCCAACGACGAAAAGCUCAAGGACGUGGUCAUCCUGGAGCCCCAAUGGCUGAUGAACGUCAUGUCCACCGUCGUGUCGACCAAGCACAACUACUGCAAGAACGGAGUCAUGCCUCACUCGGCGUUGCCCCACAUCUGGAGGGUGCCCACGUACCCGCCGCAGGUGCACCCGUUCAUCCUCUCCCUGCUGGAGCGGUUCGAGCUGUCGUUCCCCGUGGGCGCCCACAUCCACAAGCUGGGCGACUACGCCGCCCUUCUGCGCUCGGGCGGCGAGGCCGGUUCCAAUGCCCCCGCCCCCAGUCUGGAAGAGCCUCUGUACCUCAUCCCCUCGCUGCUCCCCGAAGUGCGGCCCCUCAAGCUCUCGUCCCUGUGGCCCCUCUACUGCCGUGAAGGCGAGUCGAUCUUCGGUCGGUGCUAUCGAUUCGAGUUCGUACCCAAGGGGUUCAUGGGCCGGCUCAUUAUCCGUCUGCUGGCGUUCCCGCUCGCCGCACAGCUGUAUUGGCGCCAUGGCAUCCUGGCCCACAUAGGAAGGUACACUGGCGUGUCGGCAAAGGUGCUUGUGCCCUGCUCGCACUGCAUGGUCCUGAGCGGACAGAAGUCGCCCUUCAUGUUUCCGCUCGAGAAGUGCCAGCAGGCCGCCACUUCUCCCAACCAAUCCAUUCUCUUCUGUCCCAUCAACGGCAAUACGGGGCAAGGAGAGCCCAAGCCGGUCCGUCUCGAUCACAUCGCACCGGAUCUGGCCAUGGUGCAUCUCGACCGGCACAAGAUCAAGUGGUCAGACCUGGAGAAGGAGGAGACUCAAGUCAUCGGCGUUGGCGGGUUUGCGUCGGUGUACAAGGGCAAGUACCUGGGCGAGCCCGUGGCGAUCAAGGAGCUGCGGAGCGCCGAGCUGGACCCCACGUUCAGCGAUCAGGGCGGCGUCAAUCGCAGCGACGAAUCACGGCGUCUCACCUACGAGGAGUUCCGACACGAAGUGUGGAUCAUGAGCGGCCUGGCGCAUCCGAACCUGGUCGGACUGCGAGGGUUCUGCUUGGAGCCGCCCUGCAUUGUGACAGAGCUCGUCGAGGCCGGCUCGCUGUUCGAUUUUCUGUCCGACCCGGCCAAGAGCGUCGCGCUCGACUGGCCCCUGCGUCUCAAGAUCGCCAAGGACAUCGCCAAGGCGUGCGCGUUCCUUCACAGCACAUCGCCGCCGGUGAUGCAUCGCGAUCUGAAGAGCCCCAACAUCCUGGCACGUUACCACACUUCCACUGCCGCGGUGGUGGCCAAGGUGUGCGAUUUCGGCGUGUCCCUUAGUACCGCUGAACGUACGGCUAUGCGAAAGGUCGACUGUCCGGGUGACCUGCUCCACCGGCUCACCGGACACAAUCAGUUGGUGCGAUUUAUCGCUUCCUCCCCCGUAGAGAACGCCCUCCUCACCUGCAGUGACGACUCCCGGGCACGCUUCUGGGUGGUCUAA